AUGGCGCCGCAGCAACAACAGCAGCAGCGGCAGAGGCCACUGCCCUCCCCUCCCGCCACGUUCACGGCUCGUAAACACAAAAUCCUGCAGCAGCUUAGCGUCCCUGACGCUGAAUACACCGAUGCCUCCCCCAAGGGGUCUGUGGACGUCGGCAUCCGUGAGCUGAUUGACGAGCUCAACACCCUGGAUGGUUUCGUAACGACGAGUAGUUGCGCGGGGCGGGUGAGCGUCUUUCUCGAGGGACGCAAAUCUGCAUCCAAAGAUGUUACUUCACAUGUAACGCCGACGGCUGGCGAGCCCCAAUCUCAGCCUCAAAUUGAGGACGCUGGCAAUGGGGGCCUCACGACGAUAGCAGGCCCCGGAGGAAAGGGUGGCGGCGGCACAUGGUUAUACGUAUCGCAUGAUCCCGUCUCAGGGCUGUACGAUGAGAAUGUUGACCUACUGCAUUUCCUUGGUCUCGUGGACAAGACUGAGGAGAACAGGGAGAGGGGCUCCGGAGUAUCGGGGAGCGCUCAGUCUGGGCGGCGGAGACGACGGCUUAUACACUUCAAGUUCGAGCCGAUGAUUCUUCACGUCCUUACAGCAUCUCCGUCUCACGCCCAGCUCCUUCUCAAGUGUGCCCUCGCAGCCGGAUUCCGCGAAAGCGGUGCCCUCAACUUGCUCCCAGCCUCCACGUCACCGGAUGAUGAAUCAUCAGUGACUCCCAUCGUGGGGGUCAGGACCAUGGGCCUCGGCCUCGAGUCCUUGGUAGGCUACGUAGAGGACGAGGAUGACGCCACCCGGCACUGCACUGUCUCGACAGACUACCUGCGAGACCUGGUCGAGAUUGCCAACGAACGAUUUGUCGAGAAUGCGGCAAGGAUCGCGAGGUUCCGGACCGCAUUGCAGGAGGCCGUUGCGGGGCCGCCGGUCAAGUUGGGCGAAGGCGGUGCGGAGUGGGAGGAUGCCGCCGCUAGGAGGGAGCGCAAGAAGGCGGAAGGGUUAAGGCGAAAGGAAGAAAUGCUGGCUGCUCGGCAGAAGACACAAGCUACGAGUCCAGUAGUGGAUUCUGCGGAGCUACCUGAAUAUGAACUCCACGGGCUGUGA